AUGGGAAGUAUAGAAGUGGAGUAUUCGUAUACGGGGCUACCAAAACGGAAAAGGACUAGGAUGGCGAUCUGUACUUAUAACGCACGUACGCUUGCAUCGGAAGCGGCCAUCGAAGAUCUGAUGAUGCAAGCCAAGAAGAUCAAGUACGACGUCAUCGGACUGACCGAGACGAGACGACGUCACCCUCCGUAUAUGAAACUGGAGAAGAACUGUUCUUAG